GACUACUGUGACGAAGAAACACUUUGUCUUCCUUCAAUUGGUCUGGCUCAAGUCUGGCUCGUUAACGUUCUGCGGAAAAAUUUGCGGCUUAUUUAGCAAAAGCAUGGCUUCCAACGAGGACAGACUACGAACCAAAGUAGCCAACCUCAACGCCUCUCUCGAUGACCUCGAAAUUCAGCUCGAGCCUCUAUUCACCAAGAGCCUUCCCGAGACUCUUGUAGCCCUCGAAACCAUCCAGCAGGCCAAAUUGCAAGUGGUUCUUCCAUAUGUACUAUACGAUCUUGUAUUUGUAUACCUGAAAACACGAGGAAUCGAUCCCAGGACGCAUCCUGUCAUCGGUGAAUUGGACCGCGUCCGUCAAUACUUUGACAAAAUCAAAAGCGCAGAAGAUUCCGAAGAGAAAAAGAGGCUCGGUAUCGAUAAAGCAGCUGCUGGCAGGUUUAUUAAACACGCUAUCGCCCAAGCAAAGCUAGUAAAAGUUGGAGAACCAAACAAUACGGCACAUGGACCUGCUUCUACUAGCAGUGAACGUGUUCCAGUUAAAAUUACCAGCAAAAUGGCGGAGCGUGCAGAGUACGGGAAGAACCUGGAGGAAAUGGGUAGUGAAGAAGAAGAAGACCUUGAAGUAUUCGAUGAGGCUGAGAUGUCGGGCGACGAGGACGCGAUGGAAGAAGAAGCGCUGCCACCACAGGACAAGGGGAAAUCACGAAUGGUCGAAAGAGAAGUCCCAGAAACCGAAGGAACAAGUAGGUGGCAGACGGAAACGACCACGGAUGGAUCCUUUCGCAGCCUCAGGAUACGGAGAUGAUGAUAAUUCUUCAAAGUCCGAGAAACCAAAGAAGCCGAAAAAGAAGUCGCCCGCAUCCGUCUUACCCAUAGCAGAUAGUGUCUCGGCUGCCCAUACACCAGAUCAGUCAGGACAAAGUACUCCUUUAUCAGCAGCUGACGAAGCGCAGCAACGAAAAGCAGGAAAGAAAGCAAGGCGGAAGGAGAAGAAAUCGUCAAGUUAACACCA